AUGGUGAUCAAGCUCAGCGCCGGCGCCAUCGCGGUGUCUGUCUGCCUGUCGCUCGCCUUCUUCGCCGGGCACGGGCAGCCCGUGCUGGCCGACGGUGGCGGCGGCAAGAAGCACGAUGUUGCUGACACGGUUAAGAAGGAAGUGGCCAUGUCCAUCAAGAAAAACCCGCGCAUCGGCGCCGCCCUCGUCCGGUUGCUCUUCCACGACUGCUGGGUCCACGGCUGCGAUGGAUCGGUGCUCUUAGACAAGGCGCCGGACGGCGGCAGCACGGAGAAGGACGCGACGAACAACAUCGGCCUCGAGGGCUUCGACCUGAUCGACAGGAUCAAGGGCAAGCUCGGCGAAAGCGUCUCCUGCGCGGACAUCGUCGUCCUGGCGGCCCGGGACGCGACCUUCAUCCUCAGCCGCGGCAACAUCGCCUACGACGUCACAACGGGGCGGAAGGACGGCGUCAGGUCGUCCGCCGCGGCCGCCGACGCCGUCCUCCCUCCAUCCACCUUCAACUUCACCCAGCUCAAGGCCAACUUCGCCGGCAGGAACUUCACCCAGACGGAGCUCGUCGUCCUCUCCGGCACCCACGCCGUCGGCGUCGCCCACCUCUCGUCGUUCCGCGACCGGCUCGACAACGCCACGGCCACCCCGAUCAGCGCCAGGUACCAGAGAGCCCUCGCGGAGCACAUUGAGGAGCAGAAGGGCGUGCAAGGGACGCCGGACCCGACGGAGCCCAACAACAUCCGCGACAUGGAGUUGGCCUUCCGGAACGCCUCCGGGCACAACGCCAGCGGGGUGGACACGUCGAGGGCGGCGAGGGGGGUCCUGGACAACAGCUACUACCACGCCAACCUCCAGAACAAGGUGCUCUUCAGGUCCGACUGGGAGCUGCGCAACGACACCACCGGCGCCGCCGGGAGGGACAUGCGGGAGUUUAGGGACGACGCCGCCACGUGGUACCUGCUAUUCGGCAAGGCCAUGGCCAAGCUCAGCGAGAUCCCCGCCGAGGGCAGCCGCUUCGAGAUCAGGAAGCACUGCAGAACCACCAACUGA